UGUCGGGUUACGACGGGUAGAAUAACAUAAAUGAAUAAAUUUAGUCAGCUACAGAUUAACCAUCUGAUGGAUUUGCAGCACGUUCACAGUUGGAUGGUCCCAACAAGUCUCCAGAUCUGGCUUCGUGAAAGGGUGAAAUAACGCUGGACAUCGUUUCAGUUGAGAGCAGCAGCAGCAGCCGACAGUCCCCGCAUCGCCCCGAACAAUGCAGCUGAAGUUACGGAGCCUUUUCUAGUUGCUAGCUAGUUGGUUGACGCUAAUCCGCCAGCCAGCGUUAUUAAAUGACUAUCUGUGGCUCCCGGGCUAAAAUGCACGAAUGCAGUAUUUGCUCCGUAUUCUUUUGCAUGACUGAACUUAUUUAAGCUUACCUGGGAUCAGGUUCAGUUUAUAGAAAUAUCUGAAUCCGAUUGUCAAAAUGAACAUUUGUAGAUUAUACGGACAUAUAUCAUGUAUAUUUUACAGCAUAAGAAAAUAAUGUUUUCUUUUAGAUUUCUCUUUUAGGCGAUCUUAGAUAGGUUAGGGAUAGUGGCUGUUUGUAUUCUGUUGGCAUUUAAUCAGAAAGGUGUAGAUGUCAGUUUUGCACUGGAAAAUGUUUAUUCGAAUGUCUUGCUGAAGAGGGGGAAUGCUUACUGCUCCUCUGCCCUGACGAGACCAAAUCGUCCAGCUUGAACAAUGACCGGACCGGGCGCCUCGGGUUCCUGCUCCGCGGCAGCAAAAAUCGGCAGACGCGGCCGCUCCAAAAGCACCAAUGCGCACCUGAACUCCGGCUCCGGCGCCGAAUCCGCCUCCAGCUGUGCUGCCAACACGGGUCGGUCAUCGGGGGAAGAAGAGGAGAAGGACGGGGGUGCGCUCUUCUACGUCAAUAGAAACGGCUUUCCCAUCGAAGGUGUGACCUGGGAGCGAAUGUGGAGUCAUGUGGCCAAAGUGCACCCCGAUGGGAAAGAGAUGGUGGACAAAAUCCGGAACGCUGCCUACCUCCCAAAACAUCCUGUUCCUUUGGUACCCAGUUACAGGCCACCCAUGUCCAUUCCUGACUGGCUACAGGCAAUCCAGAACUACAUGAAGACCCUGCAAUACAAUCACACAGGGACGCAGUUCUUUGAAAUUAGGAAGACAAGACCACUGAGUGGGCUAAUGGAGACAGCCAGGGAAAUGACCAGGGAGUCGCUACCUAUCAAAUGUCUGGAGGCUGUCAUCCUUGGGAUCUACCUGACCAAUGGGCUGACCUCUCUUGAGCGUUUCCCAAUCAGCUUCAAGACCCAGUUCUCAGGGAACCACUUCCACCACGUGGUUCUGGGCAUCUACUGCAACGGCCGUUACGGCACCCUGGGCAUGAGCCGGCGGCCAGACCUCAUGGACAAGGCUCUCACGUUCCGCACGCUCAGCGAGCUCGUCUUCGAUUUCGAAGAGUCCUACCACCGCUACCAACAUGCCCUCAAGAAGGUCAAGAUCGGCCUGUACGUGCCCCACGACCCCCAUGUCUUUCAGCCUAUCGAGUGGAAGUACCUGGUGCUCAACUCCUGCCGGCUGGGCCGCGAGGACAUGCGCAAGGAGCUGGAGAAACAUGCUCGGGACAUGAGGAUGAAGAUCCUGAAGAGCUCAAGUGCACAGUCUCCUAUUAAGGAGAGGAGCAGAGGAAAGUCUCUCUCCCCUGGCCGUCGGCAAACUAGCCCCCAAAGACUGCAUCUUCACAGAAGAGAUAAGUCGCCGGCAGCGAUGGACCGCAAACCAGCAGAGCUUAGCACACUCAAUGACGGUUACCAGAUCCGCAUUUAAUGGACUCCCCCCCCCCCCACCGCCAAAAGUCUUCACUAUCCCCAUGUAUCCUAUGUACCCCUAACAGCACCUAAACCCUGUCAACACCUGUCAGCUAUUCGAACGGUAUUUAAUUUCAUGUAAAUUAAGGAUACUGCUUGAGCGUGUGUCCGGGCUUAAUUCACACACAAACCACUUGGAUAUCUCUUGGGGGGGUAAAGGAGUGAGUCACAUGCUCAUUACUGCUCAAUGUUUUCCACCGUGGGGUCUGAUGGAAUGUUCUUUUCAGCCGUGUCAUCCCUUCGUGAGGCUGACGAUAGACAGAUUACAGGUCUGGGAAAAGUAGAUCCCGGCAUUCCCCCCCCCCCCCCCCCCCCCAGCUCUGUUGGGUCAGCAGCAAUAGUAUUUUCCACCGCAAAAGAAAUGUGAAUUUAAUACGCCCAGCAGAUGGUUCGCGUAAAUCUCAGUGUUAGCAUACCGUGUGUUUUCCACUGGAAUUCAGUAACUCUUCACUGCACAAAGAGGAGUUGUCCUGGAAUGGGUAAUUCCUGGAAUCCGGAGUGGGGUUAGAAGUCCUAUAACACGAUUAGUCUUAACGAAGGUAUUCAUUUGAUCUUUCUGUGGAUUGGUGAGCUCAGUGUCAAUGUAUUGUCUGUGGGUGAUUCUGGUUUUGCUUACAAGGUUCGCAGAACUGCUGGAAUACCUUAAAAAGCAAAGAUCGGCGGCAUUAAAAUGAAGGCUCUUUUUAUGGUCUUUAGGUGAACCGUACUUGGUGGUUUGUGGCAGUUCUGGCAGCCGUUUGUCUCAAGGGCUCUGGGAUGCUGCUUUUGUGCUGUUUUGACCCACAUGAGUUGCUCAGAAGUUGCAUAAAACCCUGAGGCACUGAGACCUGGCGAUCUCAUGCCCACUUUCUCAUGCCGGGCAGCUGCGUUUAACUGCAGCGGCCCUCCUAUCUGCGCGUUUUCACGCCUUGCAGUGCAGGUGUCAGGGGCAGUCGGGAUCUUCUGCGACGGCUUGAGUGUGACAGCUGUGCAGGGAGGACAGGAAAUUAAUUUGACGUGUCCCCCGUUUUGGAGAAACUUGUCGGCGUCCUCUCUGGUCGAGACUAGGUUUUGGCUGAGGCUCACCGUUGUGAGAUAUGCCUGCAGCAAGGGCUUGGGCAUUUGUUUAUGUUUUAGUCAGCGGAGCAAAACGAGAGUGGUAUUCUUGGAAGGCUGCACAGCAAAGGUUUUUUUUCAUUGCACUCAUUUUAUCAGUAAAGGCAGCUUUCCAGAUGAGAUGGUCUGGAAUGUAAUUCCUGCAAGGGCCAUUGAGAAGGGUAAGAGCAUAAGCAACAACUGGAGUAGAGGCUUGUGGGUAGCCAGAGGUAGUUGGUAGGCAGAUCGGACCAUGAUACACAAACUGACUGUAGCUUUGUUGGUGAACCGUUUCCUAAUGUGUAGCAUAACAAGGGCGAAUAAGCUAUGCAAGUCGAUCAGGUCCUUUGAAUAUCCUGUUUCAGCCAUGCAAGACCCCCGGUAGCGCUCUCUCCGACGAACUGCAUCUUUUUUUUUUAUUGUGCGAGUGUGAUUUCUGACAUCUAAACGUAUUAGCCACAAAGCCUCUAGGAAAAGGGGAUUAAUCAUCUGUUUUAAGGAAAUCUUUUUUAACUUUGAAAAAUCAGCUGGUGAAACGAUGUGGUCCAAGCACAUGCCUGAAGGCUUUAUUUUCUUCAAAGGAUAUUUUUAAUGGUUUAAUAGCGGUUUUUAAAUGUCCGUCAGCUCAACGAAAGAUGUUAGAUGCCAGCUCAGAGGCAGCUGAGCUUGUGCCGGCUCACGGAGGCUCAGCUUCACGUCUCAAUUUUACGGGAACAUCCUGGCCGUCGUUAAAACGCUGCGGUACAGCAGAGCGGACUCAGGUGAGCCCGACAAACUGUUUGGUGUAGGGUAGGGGGCUGUGUCCUGAAGAUGACCUCCAACGUGUCUUCAGUGGUUGGGUAUGUAUGUUACAGGGUGCAGUGUUAGCAGAUUUUUGUACCUUUUUAAACGUUUUCACAAUGCGAGUAGUAGCUUCAGUCGUCCUUCGGUGACAGUGGGGGGAUUCGCACAGAUACGGUCGCUGGGUGACUUUCUCUGUCAUCUUUGAGCUUUUGUGCUGACGUGGCAUCUGAUUGGUGGAACAGAGUAGGUUGGGCUACAGUACUGUUUUUUUUUUUUUUUUAAAGCAUGAUCAGAUCUCUUAUAGUAUUACACUCCACUUUAAGAACUUUUAUCAAGCCUGUAAUUAAAUGCAAGCCAAAUUUGGGGUGGGGGGCAUGAAUCUGGGCUCCCUUCAGAGCUGUGAGAUCUUGUCCCAUGGAAUGCUGAGCGUGAGAGUAUAUAUCAGUGUGACGUAGCCCUUUCGCAUCGCUCCAAGCCCCUCCUCCACCACUACCAUGAACAGAGCCAAACCAGAAUUUCAGAUCAAGUCCAUUUAUUUUAUAUAUCGUGACUGAUGGAUUUUGUAUUAUGACAAUUUUGGUUCUUGUUUUUACUGACUGUAGCAUGUGUUUUAAUAAAACAAAUUACAUUUUUAA